AUGAUAAUACCAUUUUCUUGUCGAUGGAUACAUCACAUAGUCCCCCUUUUCCUAUUAUCGCGUGUGAUCACAGCCACUGAUUAUCAAUUACAAAGAUGGGAUCCAAUAAGAUCGUCUUUGAAACCAGGCCAAUCUGAUCAUUUCACUUACAACAUCAACGUCACACAACUAGGCCAAGAUUAUUUCAAUACCGUAGAGGUUUUAUUAUUUAUAAGUGGUACAAUCGAAUCAAUGCCAUUAAGAUACUAUAAUUUAACAGAUAAUACUCAAUUUCAAAAUGAUACUGCUUUACAAGUAACCUAUUAUUUCUCUCCAUCAGAUCCAUCAAAUUCUACUAAAAUUGGAUAUAACAAUAUCACUUUCGAAAAUGGUUAUAUAAUGGCAUUAGGAACUUCUCCGAUAACAUAUAAUCCAUUAUUUGCCCUUGAAGAACAAGAAACCACAAAUAUUACAGGCCAAAGUCUUGUCUUAGAAUAUACAACAUUACAUCUAGAAGUUAGCCUAAUAAAUCCUCAAACUGGUGAAAUCAUUCAACCAUCCGAUAACGAUGACUACUACGACUAUGAGGAUGACGAUGAUAAUUUAUGGACUUAUCAUUUAGGUGUUGCUGAAGAUGAUCAAUUGUUUCAAUAUGAUGAAAGAUCAUGGAUUCAUGUAUUAGAUACUGAUCAUAAUUCUGCAUUAGUAACAUCAGGUAAUGAUUCAACAAGAUUAACAACAUAUUUAAAAACAAACAACACAUUAGAAAGCCCUUAUGAACUUUUCCUUUAUUCUUUGAAAGACUCAGAAAUAAUAGAAAAUAAUUUAAAUUGCUCUUUAUCUGCUAUUUUAAAUGGUCCUUAUAUGGCUACUUCUAUAUCUAAUGAUUCAAACUCCACUCCUUCUACAAAUUAUAAAAAAAUUUCAUUAAAUGUUCAUAGUUUACAAAUACAAAAGCAAUUAGUAGGUGAUGAUCAAUUGUCAAAUGUUCAAGACAUGCUUUAUAUAUCAGGCUUGGCUCCAAAUACCACAUAUGCACUUUAUUUAAUCCGAAAAAUUGGGACUCGAAUGUCUAAUAAUGAUAACAGUAUUACUGGUGUGGUUUUUUCAAGACAAUUAAUAACCACAAAGGUAAAAUCUACAUGUUCAAUCAUUUUUAACCUAGAUAUUUGUUCAUCUGUAGCUUAUGCUGCUCCUACACCCUUAAAAUAUUACGUGAAUAAAACAGCAAUGGCAAACGAUUAUGAUUCCUUAGUGAGAUCCUUAUAUGAAAAUUUUACUACAGCAUUACAAUUAAUUCCAUGUGAUGCUGAAUUAGAUCAAAGGUACUCUCCUUUGAGAACUUGUGAGGAUUGUGCUCAAUCUUAUUUAAAUUGGUUAUGUUCCAUUAUGAUACCCAGAUGCUCUUCUCCAGGUAAUUUUGGCUCAAUUUUUAGGAAAAAAUUUAAAAGUAGAAACUCUUUAAUAGAUACUUUUAUUCAACCAACCGAUAAUUAUUACGAAUUAAUGCCAUGUAUCGAUUCGUGUUAUGAAAUGGUAAGAGAUUGUCCUGCACAAUUUGGGUUUUCAUGUCCCAACAUUAAAAGUUCAGAUGAAUUAUUUAGACAUAGUUAUUCAUAUUUCAACAGUUCAGAGUCAAGUGAAACAUGUAAUUUUCUGGGUAAUUCCUCACAUUUAAUUGAUAGAAAAAAUUUUCUCUUUCCAAAAUAA